AUGGAACAGGAUCCAGGCUGGCAAUUUUUACGCCAGUCCAAGGAACAAAUUCUUGCUAACACCACCAAGAAAUUUGAUUCAAAGAAGAAUGUCUGGAUUGCUGAUCCUGAGGAUGGAUUCGUAGCUGCCGAAAUCAAGUCGUCAAAAGGCGACGCCACUACUGUUGUCACAAGCAAGGGACAAGAGAAAACAGUAAAAAAAGAUGAAGUUCAACAAAUGAAUCCUCCGAAAUUCGAAAAAACCGAAGACAUGGCCAAUUUGACCUUCUUGAACGAUGCUUCUGUUCUUCAUAAUCUUCGUCAAAGAUAUGACGCUAUGAUGAUCUAUACAUAUUCUGGUCUUUUCUGUGUUGUCAUCAAUCCAUACAAACGCCUCCCCAUCUACUCGGAGACUGUUUGUAAAAUGUACAUGGGAAAGAGAAGAAAUGAGAUGCCACCUCACUUAUUUGCCGUUUCUGAUGAAGCCUAUAGAAAUAUGACUAAUGAUCGUGAAAACCAAUCUAUGCUUAUCACCGGAGAAUCUGGUGCUGGUAAAACCGAAAACACGAAAAAAGUCAUUUCCUAUUUCGCUAGUGUCGGAUCGACUCAACAAAAUAAGAAGAAAGGCACUGUCUCGCUAGAAGAUCAGAUUGUCCAAACUAAUCCCGUACUUGAAGCUUUCGGAAACGCUAAAACUGUCCGAAACAACAACUCUUCUCGUUUUGGUAAAUUCAUUCGAAUCCAUUUCAAUCAUGCUGGUAGAGUAGCUGGAGCUGAUAUUGAGCAUUAUUUGCUCGAAAAGUCUCGUGUCAUCAAACAAGCUCCUGGAGAACGUUGCUAUCACAUUUUCUAUCAACUUUACUCUGGAGCUAUAACAGGGCUUAAAGAACGUCUUCUGUUGGAUCGUCCCAUCAAAGACUACAAGUUUGUUGCUCAAGCCGAAGUUACCAUUGACGGAGUUGAUGAUAAAGAGGAAAUGCUUCUGACUGAGGAAGCUUUUAAUAUCAUGAAAUUCGCUCAAAGAGAAAAGGAUGAACUAUUCGCCAUCACUGCUGCUUUGAUGCACAUGGGAGAAUGUACAUUCAAGCAACGCCCUCGUGAAGAGCAAGCUGAGUUGGAUAAUGGAAAAGAAGGAGAAAUCGCUUGUAAACUUUUCCAAGUUGAUUAUGAGAAGUUUAUUCAAGCUUUAUUGAAGCCACGAGUUAAAGUGGGAACAGAAUGGGUAAACAAAGGUCAAAACUUGGAUCAAGUAAAUUGGGCUGUUGGAGCUCUUGCUAAAGCCUUAUAUGCACGUAUGUUCUCAUGGCUUAUCAAGAGAUGUAAUAAAACACUUGAUGCCCAAGAUCUCUCUCGUGAUUGUUUUAUCGGAGUUCUUGACAUUGCUGGUUUCGAAAUUUUCGACUUAAAUUCGUUCGAACAAUUGUGGAUCAAUUUUGUAAAUGAGCGUCUGCAACAAUUCUUCAAUCAUCAUAUGUUUGUAUUGGAACAAGAGGAGUAUAAACGUGAAGGAAUCAAAUGGGAAUUCAUUGAUUUCGGUCUUGAUCUUCAAGCUUGUAUUGAAUUGAUUGAAAAGCCUUUGGGAAUUAUUUCGAUGCUUGAUGAAGAAUGCAUCGUUCCUAAAGCUUCUGAUAUGACAUUAGCUCAGAAGCUUAAUGAUCAACAUCUUGGAAAACAUCCAAAUUUCCAGAAGCCAAAACCACCAAAGGGUAAACAAGCCGAAGCUCAUCUGGCUAUUGUACAUUACGCUGGAACUGUACGUUACAACGUGAAGUCAUGGCUUGAGAAGAACAAGGAUCCUCUGAACGAUACUGCCGUCACUGUGCUUAAGGCUAAUGCCGGCAACGAGCUUAUGUCGGAACUUUGGGCCGACUAUAAUACCCAGGAAGAUAUUGCCAACAUGGGCAAGAAAGCAGUUACUGUUAGCAAGAAGAAGGGUAAAUCUGCCAGCUUCAUGACUGUUUCUAUGAUGUACCGUGAGUCUUUGAACAAACUGAUGCAGAUGCUUCAUCAAACUCACCCUCAUUUCAUUCGUUGCAUCAUUCCCAAUGAACAAAAAAGAAGUGGUGUUAUCGAGGCUAAUUUGGUUCUCAAUCAACUCACAUGCAAUGGUGUGUUGGAAGGAAUUCGUAUCUGCCGUAAAGGUUUCCCUAAUAGAAUGCCUUAUGAUGAUUUCAAGCAAAGAUAUGCCGUAUUGGCUGCUGAUGCUGCCAAGCAAGGCAAAGAUUUGAAAGAUGCUGGAGAGAAAAUCGCAGCUCAUCUUAUCUCUACUGGAGCACUCAAGGAAGAAGAGUUUCAAUGUGGUUUGACCAAGGUCUUUUUCAAAGCUGGAGUGUUAGCUCAUUUGGAAGAGUUACGUGAUGAAGCUCUUGGAGUGAUCAUCGGAAAAUUCCAAUGCGCUUGCCGCCAUUAUCUCUCCCAGUGCGAAUACAAGAGAAGAAAGAGUCAACGAGUUGGACUUCUUAUCGUACAGAGAAAUGUUCGAGCUUGGUGUACUCUCCGCAACUGGGCUUGGUUCAAACUCUUCGGAAAGGUUAAGCCUCUCAUUAAAGGAAACAAGAAAGAUGAGGAAAUGGAAGCUUUGGAGAAGAAAUUCAAAGAGUUGGAAGAAAAUCAUGGAAAAGAAGUAUCCAAACGAAAGGAUAUCGAAGCUGAAAAUCAACGUCUUAUUGCUGAGAAGCAGGCUAUGCUACUUCAACUUGAGCAAGAAAAAGAUUCCAAUACGGAAGGAGAAGAACGUAGCGCUAAGCUUAUGAGCCAAAAAGCUGAUUUGGAAAGACAGUUGACUGAUAUGAAUGAUCAGUUAGCCGACCAAGAAGAUAGGAAUGCAUCUGUUACUAAAGCAAAGAAGAAGGUUGAAGCCGACAAUGAAUCAUUGAAGAAGACAGUUUCCGACCUUGAGACAACAAUCAAGAAGCAAGAGAGUGAAAAACAAAGUCGGGAUCAUCAAAUCCGUAGUCUUCAGGAUGAAAUUGCUUCUCAAGAUGAGGUCAUUGCAAAGAUCAACAAAGAGAAGAAGCAUCAGGAAGAGAUCAAUCGCAAGCUCCUCGAUGAUAUUCAAGCUGAAGAAGAUAAGGUUAACCAUGUAAACAAGAUCAAGGCAAAACUCGAAUCAACUUUGGAUGAAAUCGAAGACAAUUUGGAGCGUGAGAAACGCAAUCGUCAAGAUUGUGAGAAACAGAAACGAAAGGUCGAAGGAGAGCUUAAGCUUGCUCAAGAAGCUAUCGAAGAGAUUAACCGCCAACGACAUGAUUUGGAAAACAACUUGAAGAAGAAGGAUGCUGAAAUUCACUCCCUCACUUCACGUUUGGAAGAUGAACAAUCAUUGGUUGCUAAAUUGCAACGCCAAAUUAAGGAGUUGUUAGCUCGUAUCCAAGAACUCGAAGAGGAGCUUGAAGCCGAGAGACAAAGUCGUGCUAAGGCCGAGAAGGCAAGAAACGAAAUGCAGUUGGAGCUUGAAGAGCUUGGAGAUCGACUUGAUGAAGCUGGUGGUGUUACUCAAGCUCAGAUGGAAUUGAACAAGAAGCGUGAAGCUGAGUUGAGCAAGCUCAGACGGGAUUUGGAAGACGUUGCUAUCAAUAAUGAAACAGCAAUGGCUGCUCUCCGUAAAAAGCAUAAUGAUGCUGUUGCUGAGCUUAGUGACCAACUUGACACUGUCCAGAAGAUGCGUGGAAAACUUGAGAAAGACAAGGCUCAACUCCAAAGAGAAAUCGAUGACUUGCAUCAGCAAACAGAUUCUGAAGCUAAACAACGUCAGAACUGUGAAAGAAUGGCCAAGCAACUGGAAACUCAAUUAACAGAGAUGACUUUGAAGAGCGAUGAACAAGCUCGUCAAAUACAAGAAUUAAUGAUGUACAAGAACAAAAUGCACUCUGAGAAUUCUGAUCUCAACAGACAACUCGAGGAUGCUGAAUCCCAAUUGGCAGCUCUUAAUAGAAUCAAGGCUCAACAGCAUUCACAGAACGAAGAACUCAGACGCCAAUUAGAACAAGAAAGCCGUGAACGUCAUAACUUACAUUCUCAAUCCGCCAACUAUCAAUUGGAAUGUGAGCAACUCCGUGAACAACUCGAAGAGGAACAAGAUGCUAAGACUGAAUUACAACGACUCAUAAGCAAGGCUAAUGCUGAAACUCAGCAAUGGAGAGCAAGAUUCGAAGGCGAAGGAAUGAACCGUUCCGAAGAACUCGAAGAAGCUCGUCGUAAAUUGGCCAACAGAGUUCAAGAAGUUCAAGAACAAUUGGAAUCUGCCAACCAGAAAAUUGGAUCAUUGGAGAAAACACGUCAACGCCUAACUCAUGAAUUGGAAGAUGCUCAAGUCGAUGCUGAUCGCGCUAAUCAACAUGCUUCUGCUCUCGAGAGAAAGCAAAAAGGUUUCGACAAAGUUGUUGAUGAAUGGAAGCGUAAAUGUGAAAACCUCGUUGUGGAACUUGAAUCAGCUCAGCGUGAUACCCGUGCUGCUGCUACAGAGACAUUCAGACUCCGUAACCAAUUGGAAGAAUCCAGUGAACAAGUUGAAUCUGUUCGCCGUGAAAACAAGAGUUUAAGUCAGGAACUCAAAGACAUCGCUGACCAACUCGGUGAGGGAGGAAAGAGCGUACAUGAUCUUCAAAAGUUACGCAGAAAAUUGGAAUUGGAGAAGGAAGAGCUUCAGCAAGCUUUGGAUGAUGCUGAAGCAGCUCUUGAAGGUGAAGAAGCCAAGGUUCUCAGAGCACAGGUUGAAGUAAGCCAAAUCAGAGCUGAAAUCGAGAAGCGUCUCCAAGAGAAGGAAGAAGAGUUUGAAAACACCAGAAAGAAUCAUCAGCGAGCAUUGGAGAGCAUGCAAGCAUCGCUUGAAACUGAGAGCCGCGGAAGAGCUGAGCUUCUGAGAAUGAAGAAGAAGCUCGAAAGCGACAUCAACGAAUUGGAAAUUGCUCUUGAUCACUCUAAUAAGGCUGGCGUUGAUGCUCAGAAGAACCUCAAGAGAUACCAGGAUCACAUCCGUGAUCUCCAAUUACAAGUUGAAGAGGAACAACGUAUGAAGGAAGAACAUCGCGACCAAGCUUCUUCAGCUGAGCGUCGCUCCCAAGUAUUACAACAAGAGAAAGAAGAUCUUGUUGUUGGAUAUGAACAGGCUGAGCGCAGUCGCCGCCAGGCUGAAGUAGAGAACGUUGAUCUCCGUGAUACUGUGAACGACUUGGCUAACCAAACUGCUUCUCUCACCGCUAUCAAGCGUAAGGUCGAAGGUGAACUUCAACAACUUCAAAUCGAAGUUACUGAAACUCUCAAUGAAUUGAAAACAUCUGAUGAUCUUAAAAAGAAGCUGGCUGCUGAUGCUACUCGUUUGGGUGAAGACUUGCGAUCAGAACAAGAACAUUCACAGAACUUGGAAAGAACUAGAAAACAGAUGGAAAGCCAAAUUAAGGAUCUCCAAACACGUCUGGAUGAGGCUGAAGCUCAGAGCAUGAAAGGAGGAAAGAGAGCUAUUGCCAAGCUUGAAGAAAAAACAAGAGAACUUGAAUCCGAGUUGGAUUCUGAAGGUCGUCGUCACGCAGAGUCUCUCAAGAAUCUUCGCAACAAGGACAGAAAAUGCCGUGAGCUUCAAUUCCAAGUUGAUGAGGACAAGAAGUCAUCUGAACGAUUGUAUGAUCUGAUUGAGAAACUACAAAACAAGAUCAAGACCUACAAGAGACAAUUGGAAGAUGCCGAAAAUCUUGCUGCUCAAAACUUAGCCAAAUACCGUCAACUCCAACAUUCAUUAGAAGAUGCCGAAGAGAGAGCCGAUGCUGCCGAGAACGCUGUAUCUAAAAUGCGUUUGAAGUCUCGAAGUGGAUCACUAGCUUUUGGUAGAGGCUUAGCUCAUUCAAUGUCAUCAGCGACCGUUUCAAAUAUGCGAAGUGGUUCACGAGGUCGUAUUCUUGAUGAUGAUAUUGAGGAAUAA